AUUUCUGACAGAGGGUUUUUGCAAAAAAAACAUGGUUGCACUGCAGCAGCCUCUGCUUUUGCAGACCCUACACUUAUGUGUGCCCCAGGUUCAUAUCUUCUCCCGGGAUUCCAAACUACACAAAGUAUAACAACAAUAAUUUCUUCCUUCCCCAUACCUAUUACAAGAAAUGCCUGGAUUUAGCCGAGACCAAAUGAAAACCAGUGUGAGUUUCAGUGUCUUUACCUCUCUGGACCUUUCAGUGGGAUUAUGCAAUAGGCCUCUUUGGAGAUCCCUGAUACUUUCACCUCCUGUACAUUCUCUCCUGAGACUGUUUCCUUUCAUCAUUUCUCUCCAGCAAGUGAGAGCCUUUCUCUUUAGUGGCCUCUGGUUUCCAUGUCAGAACAGCCUCCUGGUCAGCCCCAGCUGAUGUUCAGGCUCUCUGGUCAAUUAAUCUCUUUAGGGACUUCCUCUCUGGAAAGGUACUUUACUCUCAGCCGUAUCUUGGGGGAUUUCAGUCUAAUUAGGAGAUAAUCAGGAUUUUACAGCCUUUCAUCAUUACCCCUAGGAAUUUCAUUCCAGUGAUUAAAAAAAAUGCAGGAGAUACCAAGAAAGACAUCCCACUCGAAGCAGAGUUCAUAGUGUUACAGGAUGUAGAAUAUCAGCAUCAAACAGUUUGAAACAGGCUGGGAAUGGAGUGCAUGGAUGUCAGCAGUGGGACAUUUUACCAAAACAAAGCAUCCAUGGAACCGUUGUCUAAUCAAUGACUUGUAAGUGCAGGAAUUGGUGCUGUUAGAUUGGAAACAGGUGCUACAAGAUGCCAAGUGAAGUGCUUGAGAGCAGCAGCAGGAUGGAGGAAACAGUGCAGAAAGACAGCAAGUCUGGAGGCCAGAGCCCUCGCUCUGGCACAAUGAAAAGGGCUGUGGCAACCACCGUCACCUUUGAUGGGGAAGCCACUAUGGACCGGAGGAAAAAGAAGAAAAAAGAGUCCCGUCCCGAGUCAAUAAUAGUGUAUCGAUCAGAGAGUGACAAUAAGGUGGAAGAAGAACAGGCGGAUGAAGAAGGAGGGGAGAGGAGCUCUGAGGAAGGCUCCAAGUUCCUGGGUCAGUCUAUGGCAGAUGGUGUCUGGAACAUGCCUUUAGACAGCCGAUAUGUCACCCUGACUGGAACAAUCACCAGGGGAAAGAAGAAGGGUCAGAUGGUGGACAUCCAUGUCACACUGACAGACAAAGAGCUGCAGGAACUGGCUAAGUCAAAGGAACCUCCUAAAGAGGACGUACCUGAGAAGAAGAAGAAAUGUGAUGUUGGGUUGGACAGAGGACCCCACAUUGUCCUCUGGACCAUCAUCUGCCUCCCCAUCAUUUUUGUAGUGUCCUUCGUGGUUUCAUUCUACUACGGAACCAUUACAUGGUACAACAUCUUCUUGGUGUACAAUGAAGAGAGGACCUUCUGGCACAAAAUCACCUUUUGUCCCUUUUUGAUUAUCUUCUACCCAAUUAUAAUUAUGGUUGUUUCUUUUUCCCUAGGCCUGUAUUCAGCUGUGGCCCAGGUAGCAUGGUCCUUUGGGUACUGGUGGCGUGCUGUCAGGGAUAUGGAGAAGGGCUUCUGUGGCUGGCUCUGCAGCAAGCUGGGCUUGGAAGAUUGUUCUCCAUACAGCAUUGUUGAGCUGCUAGAUUCUGACAAUAUCUCAGGUAGUCUCUCUGGCAAGAGCUCUGCACAGGGUGUUGAAACCUCAGCAGUCUGAGCCUUUGUCCAGGAUGACUAUUUUGGUCAUAUGCGAGUCGAUUUCACCUGGAAAAUAACACACUGAUUUUUUUUCAAAUAUAUGUAUAUAUUUAAACACAAGCUUAAUGAAUAAAAUAUUGGGCUGGGAGUGCUCUUUAAAUAUCACAGAAUGCAGGAAUGCUAGCUUCAUGUGCUCUGGGUGGGGAGAUCCAAGGAUUUGUCAUCUCUUGUGGCUAAUUACAGCUUCUGGGAAUGGUAAGAAAAUCCAGGUCUGCAGGGCUCAGGCUGUUUGUGGAGUGGCAGAGAUACAUGAUGCAAAGUCUGCUUCUGUCACAUUAGACUUUGCUUUUCAGAAAUAAGGCAUAACAGUGACCCACUGACCCAGAAAAGAAGUCUCUCUUCAGGGGAUGAACUUCAGGAGGUAGGAAUCCAUUCAGAGGUGAAGGCUAAAUUGCAAAAUGUGUGGUGUUCCUGCAGUUUUCCUAGAAAGGGUGCUUUUCUAGUCCUUCCAACAAGUGCAGCUAACUUAGGUAGACUGACUGCUUAGACAGUAGUCAGAAUUUGACAAACAGACCACUGGAAUAGUUAUGCCCAGCCUCUCACUGGGAGAGGAAAGCAGAGCUGCCAGCAAUGGCCUGUGAGCUCUAUGCUGACCUGAAACACCCCCAUCACACAAAGAAAGAGCAGGGCUUGCUUUGUAAGGCAACACGUGGGGACCUGAUGAGCCUGUCACCAAGCACCUUGAGGUAGCUGUAGGUGCAUAGAUGGGUGCUUGGGACACACCUGCAUUUGAUCUCUUGGUAGGUGCACUGCUAGGAAGGAUUGAGCUGUGGGAGUCAUACACAAUGUGCAGUGCAAACAGUUGCAUUAUAGGGAAGAAACACCUGCUCUGAGGAAGGGUGAUCAGUUUGCAUCUCACUGCAAUGCAGGUGCAGACAGGUAGCAUCUGGAUUUAGGGAGGUGGAGUUGAAGGUACUUGGGAUGGGAAGGUGUCAGUGAAACAAGUAAUUCUGGUUUUCAAGUUGCUCUUAUGGGAGAGCAUCAGAUCUCCCCUUUCAGAAUGGGAGCCUUUCAGAGCCUAUGUCUAUUAGUGCCUCAGCUCUGGAAAUCUGUGUCCACUUCUCCCCUCCCCCCCUUCCUGGUUAAUUAUAUGGAAGAGCAAUGGAUCAUACAUCCUUCCCCCCUCAAGUCUCAUUUUCAUAAUUAGUUUCCCUUCGUUUGGGACUUUGCAUGUCAUGGUGGGCUCCCUGACCAGGCUGAUGUGGCCACUAGGAACUGGAGAAAUUUUGUCUCUUUAAAAAAACAGCUAGCAGAAAAGUUCUUUUUUCCUGCAUUGACUGUUGGGGUUUGGGCCUAUGAAGGACAUGAGAAAAAUAAAAGAGAGUUUUAAUGGAUUCUGAUGGGCACUGAGUUACACAUGUGAAACAUGAUUAAUUUUCUGAGUGCUGUAGUUCACGUGGUGCUGCUAGAAAGUCUGUCUGAGCCCCAACCCAGAGGAGCCCACCAUUUGCAUGUGUGUAGGUAGGUAAGUCGUGGUGUGCAAUCUGUCAGCUGCACAGUCACUCAUGUCUGUGUAGAUGUUUCACUUCCCCAGUCUCCCUCCCAGAUGGGGAGCUGCUCUAGUUUUAGGAUGGUAAAAAGAAGCAUUCAAAGCUGGAUUUCACAGAAACUAAUGCUUUGUGUUGCAUUUUAAGGAUGACCUCAAGACUACACUGACUGUCUGUCCUGGUUAGAACAUCUGGGAACCAGUGAUGUAUAAACAAGUCCAUCCAAUCCUCUAGGCCUGACACUGAGAAAUAAGUAGUUCCUGCUGCAUCCUUGGUCCCUGAGAGGCACGGUCAAAAGAGCCUCUUAGCACUGGCUGGAGGAUUAACAGUGUGAAUAGUGUAUAAACCCAAUAUCAAGGGCAGGCUUGGCCCUACACUUUAUUGACAAAGCAGAGGUGCUCCCUGGCACAGGUACAGCCAGGCUGUGUUUGCUUCUUCCUGCUUUCAGUUUUUACUGGUGAAGACUUUCAAGGCAGUGACCAACUUCCAGAAAAAAAAAAAAAUUAAAAAAAAUAGACUCCAACCUGUGAGACAAUGUCAGGUAGUUCAGUGGGGUUCAAAGAGGCUGACAAUUGCCUGGGACUGGUUCAAGCAGUGAAAUGCCUUUCACAGGUCUGUCCCCAACAGGUAGGUUGAUACGCCUCUGAAUUAGCUGAGGACAAGUCAUGCCAGUGCUGGCAAUCUGUAGUGAGCCAGUGCAUCCACUCUGCUUAAUAGUGUUCCACAUGGAAAUCACAGGCUCCCACAUGGCUGGAGGGUGGGAAGAAGUGAUUCUUAACAAGCAUUAAGGAGAAGGAAGGUCCACUGGCAAGCAUUCUCACACUUUGCCUGAAGGGACAUUGCUGGCAUGAAAGGAGUGGAUUGUGUAUCUUGGCCCCCACAUGCAGCAAACAAGUUUGAGGAAAGGAUGGCUGGCAAGUGUGCAUUGCUGCGAAGGGAGAAAACCCAAUUCAGCUGUCACUGACAAACAGCAGCUGUUCAAGGCUGCACGAAAGGCUGGGGUCAGUUGCACAAAGAGCCUUUAGCUUACAGAGGGCUUGAAUGAUAAAUACUAGCUCAUUACAGAAUACAGCCAUGUGAAAUGUCUGCUGAGCUGCAGGAUUUGCUUUCAGGAUUGCAAAUAGCCCGCUGGAGUGGAGAAAAAAACAGAUCUAUGCCUCUUACUGCUAUGUAGACACCAAGGAGUGUCAGAGGAGUCAUAGUACCCUCCCUCUGCCAUGGCAGCUGUGCUUCUGGGUUUGGAGGUCACCUGUUGGGGGAUAUACUGGGACAAUCCACAGUGUGUUUUCUACUUGUUUAUACUUAACCAAGCUUGCCUUGGCUCCUGCUAAAGUCAAGGUGUGCCACUGAUUUUAGUGUGGGCUAUUUUAAGCUUGGGGUUAGUUCUGGUGCUAUUUGUAGAAGUUUAAUUCAGACUUUUCCCCAAACAACUCUGGAUAGCUCUCUCUCUUGCCCAUUAUCCUCUUGUAGCAGUUUGCCUGCUGCAAAAUAUAUAAUCAUUAUCAAUUAUUGUAAUAGAAAAAAGCACAAGUUUUUGUCUCGUUCUACCUGCUUUCAGAAACUCACAAGUCAUUUCUGCUUAUGUGCCACUGUCCAACUGCAGGGAAUUCCAGUUAUUCUGAUUGUUGAGUGUGUUUCUGGCUGCUCUAGUCUGGAUUUUUUUUUAAGUAAAGAUAAUGUGUGUUUGCUGAUUGUUAUUUUUAAUUGCAUUUCCUUUUCCCAUCCUUGCUGGCCUGGGUGGAGAAUAAAGAUGUAUGUGGCUUUA